GAACUGUCAUUUUGUGAUCUGUCUGCUGUCAUAUUACAAGUUAUUGGCUUUGUCGUGAUUGGGAAUUACGCCUACUUUUCUAUUUCUUAUUGAAUUUUAAACUUAGAAAGGAAAUUAAUUGAUUAUAAUAAAGUCAUCUUCAGUUGCAAUUGUGUUGAACACAGGUUUAUUUGUGGCUGAUAUUAUUGAAUGCUUAUAAAGUUUUGAACCCUUGACCUAUAUAGUAAAACUUCGUCAACAUGAAGAAAAAGGUUUUGUUAAUGGGCAAGAGUGGCUCGGGGAAGACGAGUAUGAGAUCUAUCAUAUUUGCGAACUAUAUCGCCAGGGAUACGAGAAGAUUGGGUGCUACCAUUGACGUAGAACACUCACACGUCCGAUUCCUCGGCAACUUGGUGCUCAACCUGUGGGACUGUGGAGGUCAGGAAGCGUUCAUGGAAAACUACUUUGCCUCACAAAGAGAUAACAUCUUCAGGAAUGUUGAAGUACUGAUUUAUGUAUUUGACGUGGAAAGCAGAGAAAUGGAGAAAGACAUGCAUUACUAUCAGUCCUGUUUGGAAGCUAUUUUACAGAACUCUCCAGAAGCGCGGAUAUUCUGUCUAGUGCACAAAAUGGACUUAGUACCGGAAGAGCAGCGCGAGGAGAUCUUCAAGGAGAGGGAGGAGGACCUGAAGAGGCUCUCGAAGCCUCUGGAGUGUACCUGCUUCAGAACUAGUAUAUGGGAUGAAACUUUAUACAAAGCGUGGUCGAGCAUAGUCUACAAGUUAAUACCUAACGUGAAAGCGUUAGAGUCGUCACUCAAACAGUUUGCGGAGAUCGUGGACGCAGAUGAGGUGCUACUAUUCGAGCGUGCAACGUUCCUAGUAGUAUCCCACUGCCAGCAGCGCGCGCACCGCGACGCGCACCGGUUCGAGAAGGUCUCCAACAUUGUCAAGCAGUUCAAGCUGUCCUGCUCCAAGCUGGCUGCUCAGUUCCAGAGCAUGGAGGUACGCAACAGCGUGUUCGCAGCGUUCAUAGACGGCUUUACAAGCAACACGUACGUCAUGGUGGAGAUGUCAGACCCCAAGAUACCUUCGGAAGCGACCCUCAUCAACAUCAGGAACGCGCGCAAACACUUCGAGAAACUAGAGAAAGUGUCAUCAAGUGCCCCCAGCCAGUACCAAUGAGACAGUGCGAUUAAGAAACUGUGUAGUAAAAUUUCUAUGUACUAGAAGUGCAAAGCACCGUUGUCUUGCCAAAGCAAGUCAGUGAUAGUCCGUUUGUUUGUUAUGCGUGUGGACGCGAGAAGCUAUGACGUCACACGUUUGUGUAGCUAAAACAGGUAUGUGUUAUAGUUUGUUGGAAUUAUCCGAUUCUUAUUAUCGUUGUUAUUAUUAUUAUCUGCCGUUUUUCUCAUAAUUAAUCCCUAAGUUUGGCUGGUUGGAUGUUGCAGUUACAGUUAUAGUUCGGAAGAAAUUGAAAAUACUGCUGGCCGUGAGUUGGUGACUGGUCAUAGUUAUGGGACAUACCCAGCUCCCUAUCCUUAUAUAUUUUGUACAAUAUAUUAGGUAUGUUUGCGCAUUAAAGUUAGAUGUUUGCGCAAAUCCCCUAUAAAACUAAAUUUGCGCAAAAUGUAACAUAUCGUUGCGCAAGUGCGUACCGAUUAACCUUUUGUGUACGCAUACAAAAGGUUAAUCGGUACGCACUUGCAGACACAGACAGAGCACUUUAAGACACAAUAGAAGAAACAUUAUGUCUCGCGUAGAUUUGUGCUCCGGCGUACCAUGAGUUAAUAAGAAUCGGAUAAUUCGCAAACAAGUGAAACGGGUUAUUUGUAGGCACAAUUAUUUGACGUUAUAAAAUAAAUAAUUAUUAGUAUUCUUUAUAUUAUCCAAUAGCUGCGCUCGAAAAGUUCUUGCGACGGAAUUAAACUGUUAUGUUCAGGACCGAUUAAUAGUUUUAUGCAUUAUUUUGUUUAACAAUUAUUAGAUUUUAUUGGAAUUCAUGACUACCUUUUAGUUUUCAAAUACUCGUACGAAAUGAUAUCUUAAGUUUUUCUUGACAAAACAGUCGCUUUAUAGAAACUUGUGAAGGCUUUAAAUGUUCAGUGCCUUACAAGUUAAUAAUAUCAAACUUGUAGAUAUACGGGACAGUUACAUUAAACUAAUAGUACUUUGUAAUUGUUACUUUAUCAUUAGCAAGAAUAUAUAAACAUUGCUAAAAUUAACGUUGGCUUUAGAUUCCAGUUGAUACACCUUACAAAGUAUACCUGUUAAUCUCCAAAGAGGGUAGGCAAGUUAUAUUAAUUGUAAUUAUACACAGGAUAGAAAUUAAAUUACUUUGAACCCUUUUUCUCUGAUUGCCUGAACGUCCACACGACAAAUAAUAUCUCGAAUCGCUUUAGUAAAUUAGAUAUCGAGAUGUUUGCAGUCGAUAAUAACAAAUGGGCGGAGACAAUACAUAGUUCCUUCAUUGGCUUGUAUUCGUCAUUGAUUGUGAUCUUUAUACGACAAUAUACAUCUAUAGUUAUUGCUUAUUUUUUUUACUUAGGUCGAAUACUUUGUUUGCGCUAUUUUGCGCAAAGACGUCAAGCUAUCUAAAACUUGUCUUAAUCUUCAAUUUUAGACUUUAAUACAUACACUAUUGAGUUUGAAUUUUAUUGUAGAGACAAGUUAGAGUAGCUUUAUGUGCUAACGCCUAUAGAUACUUUCCUUCUUAGCGCAAACGUUAGCGCAACUCAAUAUGGCCGACAAAAUUAGGUGAUAACUGCGUUUCAUAGUUUUCAUAAUUUAAUCAUACAUUUAAUUAUAAUUCUAGGUAAAAAUAAAUCUAAAUAAUAAGAAUGUGUAGACGACGAAUUUGUAUGUUAUCCAAAACGGGUCUGUUUGUGUUACGUGUUUUUAACUGUUUUUACUGCUCCUAUCACAAAUAUGUUGAUGCAGUCGCAUACAAAAUUUUUAAUAAGAGAGUUUGCUUCAAGAAUUUUGUGUAAUAGACUACUUGCUAAUGUCCAUUCCUUGAUCUUUACAUUGAAAUCGACAUGUGUGAUUGGGCGAUCAUAACCUAAUUCUUUAUUAACGCCAUCUAGUGAGCACAAGAACGUAACUCUUAAUGACUUCAUCGCUCCCUAAAUAUCCAUUAUAAACUCUUUAUACACACAAACCUUCUGGAAAGAAAUACAUUACACUGAGGGUCGAAAGUAUGAACUCAGAAGUAUUUUUGUUAACCAAUUUUUGCUAUACAAUAAAAAUGUUCGUUCGGUCAAUCUUUAUUAUGAUAAUAAUUUCGUUAAUUGACUUCAAUUUGUUUUGGAGAAAAUUAGUUAAAAAGAAACAUAGUUGGUUCCAUAUUUAACCCUCUAAACUCUAAAGCCAAGGAUACAUUAGAAGGCAAAUGUCCCACGAUACCGCCGAUACAUCGGCGACAUGUCGAGCGAAGUCGGCCGACUUCGCCUGAUGCGCCUGCCAAACUAUGUUCCCUGCGCUGCUCCUCGCGCUACCGUGAUUUGCCGUGAUGUUGCCUUCUCUGCCCACACACUGCUUCACUCGCGCAAUUAAUCGCGACGCUCCUAUUGCCGGUCCUCGUUGUCUCCUCGUAUUGCCGGUCCUUUGACUCGCGCGCAUAAACCGACAAAAUAGGGAGCAGUGAGCAGAACGAGGAGCAUGACGUGUAAUGUUGCCAAAUGUCUCUGCCUCCUUUCCUCGUUACUUCCCAUACCACUCGUCAAGUGUGUGGACGGCGCAUGACAUAUAUGGCGACAACGCGUGAGGAGAAGACCUGUGUCGCGCUAUGUUGCCAGACAUAUCGAGCGAAGUCCGGCAACAUCGUGCUACCUCACCUCACGUCGCUGGGACACGUGUCUCAGGACAUUUAUUUGUCCCCUAGUGUAUUUGCUUAAAGCCUCUCAAUAAAAUAAUAUCGAUGGGUUCUUGCACUAAGUGAUUGGACCCAAGUCAGGUUAACUUAUACCAUGACUGUGGUUACUUUGUACCUAUUAUAAUUAUUCUAUUAAAUUAAUAUUGCUGUUUUAUCAAAUAUUUAUAAGUUUAGGUUAUGUGUCUGUGAUUGUGUGUAGAUUACAAUUUCAAAUAAUCAUUGUGUGUUAGAUCUCAUGUUUAGUUUUCAAGGGAUUUUAUAUUAAUACAUGACUUGAUGAAGAAUGCACUUCAUAUCCAACAAACUGAGAGGUACUUAGUUGUCAAAAGUCGGCCAAUUAAAUAUAAAAAAUUGUACCAUUUAUAGUUUAACCUUUUAUUUGUCAGUUCUGCCACGACGGUGACGCAAACAAAUUUAAACCAUUAUUUUAAGUCGUAAAUUAUAUUUUUCGUUGGACAUUAUGACCCAACAGUCAAAAGGUCAUAGACAUUUCUAUUUAUAUUUUCAAUAAAUAUGUAGUAAUAUGUAUGUAAUUUAAACGCAAUUAUUAACUGAAAUUGUGAUCUAAAUAAAUAAUUAUUGUCUGUUACAUCGUUAUUUUUACCGGCGGACUGAGUCGCAGUCUAGUUUAGUUUAUUCAGAUUUUAAGUUACUAUUUAUUGCAUACAGUCAGCCUAAGAUUAAGCUCUAUGUAUCCGAUAUAUUUAUGUUGCACAAUAUUGUAAUAACUAGCGACUAAUAUGUUGCUAUUUAUACCACAAGCCUAUUAAAAUAUUUUUAUAUUUA